UGUCAACAGUUUCGGUGUUAUAUGCUUGCAAUAGUUGAUAUGGAUCUUGCAAUCACCUUACACUUAAAAAAGUCUUACGGAAUACUUUACUCAGAUACUUAGGCAGUGGGGUGCACAAUGAUUGACCUUCACUAUCAGUACAGGCUUGGACACUCAACGAUUUGCAAAAUUGUCUGAAAAGUGUGUGGGGCAGUGUGGGAAAGUCUUGGUGAAAGAGUGUAUUCCGGAAUUCUCAGAGCAAAGAUGGUUGGAAACUGCCGAAGGAUUUCAAAAGGAGGCGAAUUUCCCAAAAUUGCUUGGGGCGCGUUAGAUGGGAAGCACUUUUAUUCUCAAUAAGAAGCAAAUGUUGUCCUCAGUGAGAGUUUCUGUAAGACGAGCAAUGGCGACGAAUGUAGCAAAGAAGAUUGAUCAGGUGCAGGGAGCUGCACUGGAGGAGUCAUGUAUUUUGGUUGACAACAGCGAUAAAGUGAUCGGGAGAGCGAGUAAACACGACUGUCACAAAGUUGGGCCUGACGGAAACAUUCCUCUGCAUCGAGCAUUUAGUGUUUUCAUAUUCAAUUCCAAAAAUGAGAUUUUACUCCAGAAAAGAUCUGACAUGAAAGUUACAUUCCCAGGCUAUAUUACAAACGCCUGUUGUAGCCACCCGUUAUUUGAUGGUGAAGGUGAGACAGAAGAGAAGAAUGCUCUAGGUAUUCGGCUGGCAGCGCAGCGCAGGCUCCAGCACGAGUUAGGCAUACCAAAACAUGAAAUAGACAUUGAUGCUUUGCAAUAUUUGACAAGGAUACAUUAUAAGUCUGUUGGUGAUGGUGUUUGGGGUGAACAUGAAAUUGACUAUAUACUUUUUCUAUGUAAAGAUGUGACUUUGAAUCCGAACCCAAACGAGGUCAGCCGAGUGUGUUUUGUUCCUAAAAAUGAGUUUAACACGUUUCUGAAUAAGCUAGAAGAACCUAUCACUCCGUGGUUUCGGCUUAUCGUGGAAAACAGGCUCAGUAAAUGGUGGGACAACAUAAAUGAUCUAAAAAGAUUUUAUGAUCAUGGUAACAUCAAUACAUUUGGCAGCACAAAUUUUAAUUUGUGAUAAUGUGAUUUAAGUUCGGAACUGAGUGAUGUAGUAACAAAUUCUGCUAAUGUUGGAUCUAAUAUUUUUGCUAUUUAUGUUUAGUAUCUUUAGCAUUUGUAAGUUUAUUUUUUUCAAAGUUCUUCAUAAUUUAUCUUACAGAAAUAGUCAUUUCUUACAUACAAGAAAUGUUAUUUUAGAUUUCAAACAUGAUAUAACUCAAAAGAAACGGGCUAUUUGUAAUAAUUUUAAAACAAUGAAGUGUGUUGUGUAUUUGAAACUGUUUUUAAGAAAGGAUAACAGGAUCGGACAUUUGCCACGUUAUAGUUUAUAAAAAUUAUAACACAACGUUUUGAGGAUUGGAAUCUAUCCUCUGGUAUUAAUACAUACAACAAUAAUGAGCAGAAAGAAGUAUUUUUAACAGAACUGUUUAACAGAGUUUAUUAUAUUAUUUUUGUUAUCUUAUUGUAAGCUUCAUUCUACUCUGUCCAAAUGUUCAUUGCCUGCUAAAACUAAGUGCUAUUCAGUUUAAUGUGCCUUAUCAGGUAGGAAUGUAGCAUUUGUUGGAAUAGUUUAAAUAAAUGGACAUUUUGGUAAAUGAAAAUAUGUUGCUAUCAAUCUUUUCACUGUAUUUUUAAAAACCCAUAAAUAAAGAAUACAUUUAAAAUAUAGAAACUGAUUGUAGAUUUGGUAUCACACAGUGACAAAUACACUAGAUCCAAUUUUGCAUUUCCAAGUUUUACUUCGAAAUGAUUGUUUAUGGCAGGGGAAAGUUGGUAAGUCCAGGUAAUCUUUAGUCAAAUAUGUCUUUACAGCUUAGGCCAAGUAAUCACUUUGGACUAUUAUCGCAGUAAUAGUAAUUAUUCAUGCAAUCUUCUGUUUUGUCAACUAUUUCUAAAUGUGGAUGUUGUAACAUUUAUAUUGUAUAAUUAGAGAUUAACAUGCCUAUUAAUUAUCUUAUGUGUAGUCGCAUCUGUCGGCUACCUCUAGCGUACAUGAAAGUCUGUAACCAACCAAUACUCGGAAAUUUAGAUCUGUGAUAGAUGUUGAUCUGGUUGUUAAAUUAUUUGCUUGUUCUGAUAAAACUACUGAGUGAUGUCUCAACAUCAAGUUUUUUUUUUUUAAACCAAACAAAAUUCCCAAAAUGUUCUUGAAAUUUGAUUAAACGACAAAAAUAUUGCAACUUAGGAGUGACAUAGGUUGCCCCAAGGAACUAAAUUUUACCAAAAAAAGAGCACUUUUUAUUUUUUUAACACUAUUUGAGGAAUGAGACAUAAUUUAUGCAGUUCAUUAUAUCGCACCAAAUCAUUUAGCUAUGUGCUGCUGCAGUUAUAGCAUCUUGUACAUAGCAGAAAGUGACUGAAAUAUGAACUUAGAGUAGCUGGAAUAUACUGGGGGUUCACAGUAUUAUUUAACCUGCCAAAGAAGAAUAGACUGACUGAUCUUUAUCCUACCCAGGCCAGGAUAAAGAGUCACUGCAUCAGAUUUUAGAGUACUUAGAGAUGGUUAGGCCGUAAAUAGCAUCCUUACUGACAAAAUUUAAUUUAGCUAUUUAGAGAAAUUAACAUAACAGGAAUAGCUUUAACAAGCUUUUAAAAAGGAUUCAGAUAGUAGAAACUGUGUUUGUUCAAUACUAUUGUUUUAGAUUAUCUCUCUGAAAAAAUAAUACAUGCAUGAUCAUGUGAGGACAAUGUAUGUGAAAUGUUCUAUCAUGAAUAUAGAAAUUAAUUGUACAUUACUUUUAACCUACAUGUGCUAUGAGUUGCAUUACAUUAGAAUAAUCGGAUGAUGUUCAUCAAUUGAUGUGUUUCACAUAGCAAAUAAAAAAUAUCGUUCUUACAUACAUACACACACAUUUUACAUAUUUUAAUUCUUUGACAAAUUUGUGGACUGAAAAAGAAAAAAUAGAGAACAGAAACAUUUCAUUUGAUUUUUUCCAAGUUGUUCAAGAUAUGUGACAACAAUGAUGAUGGUUAGUAUAUUUUGGUUCUUUCUACAAAACAGACAUAAGAUUAUAUUUUAAUAAAUAUUUAUAUCUUCAUAGACAACAAUUUCUUGCUGUAACCAUAGUAACAGUCUAGAUUUUUAGUAAGAAUGACCAGCAGUUAAGAGGGUUAAGCUGUUAUAUUUAUAUGCAGUUAAUAAUUUUAUGGAAGACAAUAGAUUUGUUUUUAAGAGUAAUUUUAUGGUAUAAAAUUAACAGUAUAAUACUAUAUAACGGAUCAUGCACAUGGAGAGUGUAAAUGAUGGUAAAGCUCUUACAAAAUGUUGUGUCUGUACAAGCUUGUGGUUUUGAUUUUCUGUAUUAUUUAUUUUAGUUGAUUAUAAAUAUUCAUGUAUCAUAGAUUAUAUUGUUUAUUACACGCAGCACCAUACCUUUUACCAAUUUAAAUCUUGUGGGCUGUAACUUUUAGUUGUGAUUUUAGUAUACUAAAUCAUUUUUACUGAAGUAUUAAAAUAUUUGUUGUUUUGUUAUUUUUAAUGUUUUUGAAGUUGUAAUCUACUUAGUAGUGAUGUGUAAACAUUUAUAUUACUCAAUAUUAAAAUGUUAUUUUUUGA